AUGGAUGUUUUACCCAUGUGCAGCAUUUUUCAAGAACUUCAAAUAGUUCAUGACACGGGCUAUUUCUCAGCCUUACCGUCCCUGGAGGAGUACUGGCAGCAGACCUGCUUGGAGUUGGAGCGCUACCUGCAGAGCGAGCCUUACGUCUCCACGUCCGACCUGAAGUUCGACGGCCAGGAGGACCUGUGGAGCAAGCUGAUCUUGGCCUGCGGGGAUAAGGCCAAGGCCGAGUCUGACCCCAAGCUGCCCCCGGCCCACGAGGAGGACAAUCAGGACAGCCAAGUUUUGGACAGCAACAGCGUGAACUCGGACGCCAGCAGCGAGGCCUCGGACAGUUCCGAGGAGCUUUCGCCCACGCACAGCUUUACCUCCAACCCCCUGGGCUCUGUCCUGGUUGGCUCUGGACCUUUUAGCCCCUGCGUCAUCAGCACGCCGCCGUCCUCGCCGGAGGCCGGCCCCGAGGCGGGCGCCGCCGCCGUCAACGGCUGGGUGGCCUCGCACGUCGACUUGCACUUGCCGGUGAAAAUCCGGAGCGGCGGCGCGGCCAAGGGCUCGGAAAAGACGGGACUCAUCUGCGGGGACGCGUCGCCGGACGGCCGGCGGCGGGUGCACCGGUGUCACUUCAACGGCUGCCGCAAGGUUUACACGAAGAGCUCCCACCUAAAAGCACACCAGCGCACUCACACAGGUGAGAAGCCAUACAGGUGUUCAUGGGAGGGCUGCGAGUGGCGUUUUGCACGAAGCGACGAGCUGACCAGACACUUCAGGAAGCACACCGGGGCCAAGCCAUUCAAAUGCAGUCACUGUGACAGGUCCACCCCGUCCAGCGUCAUUCCAAAACUGAUGCAGAUCUUUAAAGAAAGAAAGAAAGCAUUGCUGAGUUUCAGUCGGCCGGACCACGUAGCGAUCAAGCUAAGUGUUCUGACCGACUGA